AUGGAGAAGGAUGCCACCAGCGUGCACAGGAGGCACCGGCCGGGCGCCGGGGCCCCUCCUUUGGGGAUGGCCACUGGACACCUCAAGGGGACCAGCGAGGUGGCUGAGCUGCAGAGGAGCAGGAGCAUGGGCGGCUUGCACCAGAAGGGGGACCCUCCGAGCUGCAUCCAGAAGCUGUGCAAGGAGCUAGAGCCCGAAGAUCAGGGGAAGGACCUAAAAAGCGACACUGAAGACACCAUCUGUGAGGCAAACCUAGAGGAAGACAAGCAGGAAAGGAGCCAGGACAUCCUUGGAAAGCUGGACCAUGAGAGUGAAAAGUUGGACCAGGAGAGCAGAAAAUUGGACCAUGAGAGUGAAGAGUUAGACCAGGAGAGUGGCAGGUUGGACAAGGAAGACGAAAAGUUGGACCAGGAGAGUGGAAAGUUGGAACCAGAGCUUGAGAAGAGCGACUCUGAGGCCAGUGACCGGGAACAGCAUGAAGACGAGAGCACAGACAAAUGUACUGAGGCCAAGGAACAGGAGUCAGAAUCCAUAAAGCUGGAAGACCUGGAAAAAAAGAAACCAUCUACGUUUGUGGAGAUUGAUCUGGGAGACCAUGCCGAGGAGGUGGUCACAUGUGCCAUGAGAGAGGAGAAGCGGUCCCAGAUGGACAUGGGGGAUUUGUCAGAAGACGAGACCACUACCAGCUGGGUGUGCUGCAUUCCAUACUCCACCAGAAAGAAAGUGAAGGGGAGCAUGUAG